CUGGAGUAAGAAGACAAAUCAACUUCCCUUCGCAAGAGCAUCCUGAGAGACUCUCACUCGGCGCUCUUUUGCUCUCGCCUAGCCAUCCAUCCAGCGUCGGCGUCGGGCUGGCGGGGUCUGCCUGGAGGGGCGCGUUCCGCGCAGGCGCGUUCCGUCCUGUCGGGAAGCAGGAGCGGCCCCCUCCCCUCCUUCGGGCCCUUUUCUUCGGCGGCCUCUCUCGGCCCCUGUGGGGUCCCCGGACUCGGCGCGACGAUGGCGGACGAGGAGCUGGAGGCGCUGCGCAAGCAGAGGCUGGCCGAGCUGCAGGCCAAGCACGGGGAUCCCUCUGGUGACAUUGCACAGCAAGAAGCAAAACAGAGGGAGGCAGAAAUGAGGAACAACAUUUUGGCUCAGGUUUUGGAUCAGGCAGCUCGUGCCAGAUUAAGUAAUUUAGCACUUGUAAAACCAGAAAAGGCGAAAGCAGUUGAGAAUUAUCUCAUACAGAUGGCACGGUUUGGACAGUUAGGCGGGAAGGUAUCAGAUCAAGGAUUGAUAGAAAUACUUGAAAAAGUGAGUCAGCAGACUGAAAAGAAAACAACAGUAACGUUCAACAGAAGAAAAGUAUUGGAUUCCGAUGAAGAGGAUGACUGAAAUACAAAGAUGGUUGCCACAACCGCAAAGCACCUGGAAGACAUUUGAGGAAAGUUUUCUGUCCUGAACGAAGCAUAAAUUGAAUGUUUACGCGGUUUUUCUGUACACUUUUUUUUUUACACAAAGGGAAAACAAAUUAUCUCUGUAUAAUAAAAUGAAGUGAAAUAGU